AUGGAGGAGGAUAUUUCUCUAUUUCUCCUGUCUUUGCUGGUUCUGCCCAGCUCGAAGUCUCCUGUGUCUCCGCUGGUUCCACCCAGAUCCAACAGGCAGUUCCUCUGCCCAGUCUCCGCUGUUUCCCUUAAGUCCCUCGACUCCUCCUCUGACUCCACUCUGGAGUCCACUCUGGAGACUGGAAGACCCGCGGAUCUGCCUCGGGUCUUCCAGUCUCCAGCUCCCCCUCAGCACAAGGAUCCCCUGGCUCCACCUCCAGCCGCUGAGCCCUUCACUCCACCUCGGCUCAUCGACCAAUCGGCUCCACUCUCCCUUGACUCCACCUGGGACCAUCGUCCUUGCAGCUCCACUGGGCUCCCUCGUCCCUCCAGCUGUGCCUUGGUCAGACAUCACUCUGCCUGCGCCACGGACGUCAGACAUCCUUCAGCUGUGCUUCAUCCCUCCACACCUUUGGCUCUGUCGGGCUACGCCUUGGUCCUCAGUCCCACUGACUCUGCCUCAGUCCACUGGUACCCUUGCUCCACCUCAGAUGCCCGUCGUUGUGGCUGCACCUCGGUCUCCAGAGCCAUUGGCGUCGUGUGGUCCCAUCAGCUCUCUGUCUUCACCUGGCCAAGCCCCCAUCAUGGCUCCUUCUCCCUUAACUCCGGUGUGGGCCAUCAUCCCUGUCUUGCUACUCCUGCUCCUUGCUCCUACCUGUCUCCUCCCACCUUCAUCUCCUCUGUCAUCUCUCCUGGAUACCUGCCCUUCACCUGCUCUGCGACCUCCUGCAGAGCCCUCACCUUCCCUCCUCAGCUAGAGUUUUACAGUGUAUUUCUAUGUUAUAAUAUUUUCCCAGGAAAUCGGGCAGUAGGAGGAGCCGCUACACAGUCAUCAACAUUUGCAGGCUGGUUUGCAGAAAAAGCCAUUGACAGUAAUCGAGGUCUCCAGCAGUUGAAUACAUCAUGUUCAUCAACCCUUAAUGAGAAUAACCCGUGGUGGAGGCUGGAUCUGCGUGAUGUGUACAGAGUUAGAGAAGUGAUCCUCACUAAUAGAAAUGACAAUUUUGCAGAACAAAUAAACGGAGCGGAGAUUCGCAUCGGAAACCUUUUGGAGAACAACGGCAGCAACAAUCCCAUAUGUGCUGUUAUUCCUGCUAUUCCAGCAGGAGAGUCCUACAACUACUCAUGUAAUGGGAUGGAGGGACGUUAUGUGAUUGUUUAUGUUCCUGAAGAUCAGAAGGUUCUUACUCUUUGUGAGGUUGAAGUCUAUGGAUAUUUGGCAGAAAAUCUGGCAGCAGAUGGAGCUGCUACACAGUCAUCAACCUCUUGGGACAGGUUUGCUGAAAAGGCCAUUGAUCGAGGUCUCCAGCAGUUGUACACGGGAUGCUCGUCAACCCUUAAUGAGAAUAACCCAUGGUGGAGGCUGGAUCUGCGUCAUAUUUACAGAGUUAGUAAAGUGGUCAUUACUAACAGAAAAGACUGCUGUGCCGAACGAAUAAACGGAGCAGAGAUUCGCAUCGGAAACUCUUUGGAGAAUAACGGCAGCAACAACCCCAUAUGUGCUGUUAUUCCUGCUAUUCCAGCAGGAGAGUCCUACAACUACUCAUGUAAUGGGAUGGAAGGACGUUAUGUGAAUCUGGUCAUUCCUGGAGACAUGAAGACACUCACUCUCUGUGAGGUAAAGGUGUAUGGGGAAGGUAAAUCAGUAAUAUUGGUUUAUAAUAUCAGAUACUAAUGUCUUCACAUCAUGAUAUUUUUUUGUCAACAAGACACAUUGAGGAGUAGGGAUAUGUUUUAAUAAAUGGAAAUGUGUAGGGUCCAAAUCAUAAUUCUAAUAUUUCGUUAUUAAUUAAAGUAGAUGUUCUAUGUAUUACAUGUAUAACUUUGGUUUUUUAGGACCUGAUUUAAAAAGAUCAUUUGUAAAAAUGCAGUUUACCUCCAGCAAUGAUUUGACUGACCCUU